AUGGUCCGCACACUGACCAUCGUGGGCGAGCGGGCUCUCCCCCUCGAGCUCUUCUUUGCCGUCCUCGACUACGCCCAGUACGACGACCUCACCCCGCGCUAUCGCUGGCUCAGACGCUACGCCCUCGUCUGCCGCGCCUGGCGUCCCUACGCCCAGCAGCUGCUCUUCCGCCAUGUCACCCUCCUCAAGGGCGCCGACCACUGCAAAUCGUUCCACACCAGCCUCGCCGCUGCCGCCGCGCGCAGCCCCGCCCACGCCGUCUUCCUCGCCUCCGCCGUCCGCACGCUCUCCAUGGCGCUCGACCACCAGGCGAUCUACGCCGACGUCGCCGCCGCGCUCCCCGCCCUGCGCGAGCUCCACCUCUCCCUCUACCACGCCUCCUUCCGCCCCGCCGUCCUCCACGCCCUCGCCCCGACCCUCCGCCGCGUCCGCACCCUCCGUGUCCGCGCGUACCACUACGUCCCCCUCUUCCAGCUCCUCGCCCUCGCCCGCGCCGCCGAGUUCCUCGACGUCGACUGCUCCGCCGUCCUCGACCCCGCGCUCGAGGUCCCCGCCGCGCGCCCGCCCCCCUGGCGCCUCCGCGAGCUCCGCUACGCCAACCUCCGCCGCGACACGCACGCGUUCGUCGCCUGGGCCCUCUCCGGCCCCGCGCGCGCUGACGCGCUCGAGGCCCUCCGCGUCGUGAGCCCGACUUCUCCCCGGGCGAGCUCGCCGCGCUGGCGUCGCCCCGACGCUGCGCUCGCUCGCCGUGCGCCAUCUCCCGGGCGACGUCGACCUGCGCGCGCUGGCGCGGCUGGAGGAGGUCGUCGUCCUCAGCCCGCAGCACCCGCGCCGGAGUUCGGGGUGCUCCCGGCGGGAGUGCGGCACGUCGCGCUCGACGGGAUGAGCGCGAGCGAGUGCGAGACGGCGCUCGCCUCGCUCGCGGAGUACUGGGCCCGGAGCGGGGGCGGGCUGCGCGUCGUGACGUACAACCGGCGCGGCGGGGACAAGGCCGACGAGCUGGCGGACGUGGAGAUGCUGUACAAGUUCUGCGUCGAGCGGAAUCACGUUCAGGCUCAUGGACCCGCCGUAUGGACAUUUGCAGGAGAGAAUACUCCCCUCGGUGAGAUCCGAGAAUUGCCUCGUGAGGUGCCGCUGUCCUCGAAGCGGUACGUUCAUGUUGGGCCAGGACCACCAUGGAAGGUCAAGCCGAAGGGAACGUUGGUGAAAAGAGUCACCAACUAUGCGGUUAAGGCGUUGACAAGCACCGCCAUCCCUCCCAUGGCGCUAGCGCGACCAUAA